UCGCCUGGUGUGCAGCGCAGCUCAGGACAGCGCCGUGGCCUUUCUGCAGCUGAGCGACAGCAGCGGAACCACUUGAAAGUAAGUUGCAGACAAGACACUGUACCUGUAAAUACUUCAGCAUGUAUCUCCUAAGAACAAAGAUAUUCUCCUAGUUCAGGACAAAGAGACUGGGCUAGCUGGUGCCAUCAUGGCAGAAAGAGUGAACAACUUCCCACCACUGCCCAAAUUCAUCCCUCUGAAGCCAUGUUUCUACCAAGACUUUGAAGCAGACAUCCCUCCCCAGCACCUCAACAUGACCAAGCGCCUCUACUACCUCUGGAUGUUGAACAGCGUCACGCUGGCCGUGAACCUGGUGGGCUGUCUCGCGUGGCUGAUCGGAGGCGGGGGAGCCACCAACUUUGGCCUCGCCUUUCUCUGGCUCAUCCUCUUCACACCCUGCUCCUACGUCUGCUGGUUUCGGCCCAUUUACAAGGCCUUCAAGACUGACAGCUCCUUCAGCUUCAUGGCAUUCUUCUUCACCUUCAUGGCUCAGCUGGUCAUCAGCAUCAUCCAGGCUGUGGGCAUCCCAGGCUGGGGCAUCUGCGGCUGGAUCGCCACCAUCUCUUUCUUUGGAACAAACGUUGGCUCAGCGGUGGUGAUGCUCAUUCCCACCAUCAUGUUUACAGUCGUGGCUGUUUUUUCCUUCAUCGCCCUCAGCAUGGUUCAUAAAUUCUACCGGGGCAGUGGGGGGAGUUUCAGCAAAGCACAGGAGGAGUGGACCACGGGGGCAUGGAAGAACCCACACGUGCAGCAAGCAGCCCAGAAUGCAGCCAUGGGGGCGGCCCAGGGUGCCAUGAAUCAGCCGCAGACUCAAUAUUCCGCCACCCCCAACUACACAUAUUCCAAUGAGAUGUGAGCCAGCCGAGCCUACUGGGAGGCAGGGCUGGGGGCUGGUGGGAUAGGGGCUCAAACUACAUCAUCUGUUGUGGUGACCAAGCAGGGUUCUCCCUUCCCUUUCCUCUUCCCCCUUUCCUUCUCUCUUCUUUGUACAAAAAAAUCAGAAUAUAUAUAUAAUCAGAAUUUUAUAUAUAUAUAUAAUUUCUCUUGCCCCUUUGAAUUUUUCUCUGAGCAUUCUGAGAGCUAUGGGCUGUACAUGGAGCUGUCCCAUGUGGUGGUAGUUGUAUC